AUGGCUCCUGUUACUCUUACCGAGCGUGAAAAGGAGCUCCUUACUUGCGUCUUCCAGUGCCUCAAGAACCCUCCUGAGGUCGACCUUGACAAGCUUGCUGCCAUCAGCGGCUACAAGACUCGUGCUUCUGCCAACACCGCCUACCACAAGCUGAAGGCCAAGAUUGGCAAGGCUGAGAGUGAAGAAGAUGACGCAGAUGCUGCUGAUGAUGAUGCCGAAGCCGACGCUGAGGACACUCCUGUUGCUUCCACAGCCACCAAGAAGGCUCGCGGCAAGAAGGCUGCCGCUGUCAAGGCCGAAGAACCCGAGACUGACGAGGACGAUGAGUCUGAGACCGUCGCCGUCAAGGCUAAGCCUAAGUCAACCAGAGCCGCCCCCUCCAGAAAGGCUGCCAAGCCCGUCGCCUCGCGCCGCAGCACCCGCAACUCUCUGAAGGCCAGUAAGCCUGUCAUCAAGGAUAUGUCUUCUGGUGAUUCUGAAGAUGAGGUCCCCGCUAAGCGUCCCAUCACCUUGAAGAGAGGCAUGAUCGUCUACCCCACUGAGGAGGAGAUUUACAACUUCUCCCGCGACCUCGUCUCUGCUGACGCUCCUCUUCCUAUCCCUGAGAACACUGCCGCCAACACCCUGAAGCGCGCUGCCACCGAGCCCGGCAGUGACUUUGACGAGCUGGCCUCCGAUCCCAAGCGUCCCAAGGUCGACACUGAGAUCACCCCUGCCGUCGAGCACGUCGAGCACGUCGUUCCUGCCGUCGACAACAUCGUCCCUACCAUCGUUUCCACUGACCCCGUCGUUGAGACCUACGUUGUCAACGACCCCGAUACCGUCGACGUUUCCACCGAAAUCCGCAUGGCUGUCGACGAAGGUUCUGACGCUGCUGCCUCUGACGUUGCCUCUAACGUCGCUUCUGCUGCCACCAGCGGUGACCACGAUGACAACUAA